AUGCUGUUAGAUUCCACAUCACUUCUCUCUGAGGAACAGUUAAAGUGUCUUCUGGAUGAAUGCACAUUCAAACAAAAAUCCAUCAUUAGACUUUCUUCAGAGACAGGAACCAAAGACAUUGAGAAUACACCACCCACAUUCCACCAGCUUUCCAGAUCCAUCAUCUCUGAGUCACUAACUGGGUCCGAAACAAAGGUCCAGAAACCUGAGGUAGAAGAUGCUCAUAUGCUUGACAAUGCAGAAUGUGAAGCUUCUAAAGGCUACUAUCUCACUAAAGCCUUGACUGGGCAUUACGUGUCAGAAGCUCUUGUCAUUGAAGCAGAGAAUAUGAAAUGCUUCCAGUUUUCCAAGGAUGAGGUUGUUAGUGACACGAAAGACUAUUUUAUGUCGAAAACUCUUGGCAUUGGGAGACUGAAAAGGCCCUCUUUCUUGGAUGAUCCACUGUGUGAUAUCAAUGUGAGCCUUUCAUCAGAAGACCAACAUCUGAAACUCAGCCCUCCAGAGAAACCAAAAACAGAUGAACGGGAGGCUGAAGACACAACAGAAGGAUGUGAAGAAUCCUAAGUAAGGACCUGCUGGGGUGUGCUUUUGAGAAAGUUGGUAAUUGAGUUACAUUACAUUAUUGGGGAAUAUUUUGAAAUCAGUGAAUGCAUUGUGGAGACUAUUCUUUAAAUAUGAUUUUGACAUUUGGAUUCUCCUGUUAUGGGUCACAUUUUUUUGAUAUUUUGAUACUUGGGGUGUAAUUGUUCAAUGGUUUUUCUUCAUUGAAAUUUCUGGGAAAAUUUUUUAUAAAUUUAUUGCUAAUCUUGCAAUAUCAGGGAUAAAUUACAAAAACUAACA